UGUUUUGAUGCCAAACAGAGAAGGCAGAAUUCCAGCAGGGUGACACAUACGAUUCUAUUUUUUUUUUUUAUUUCUCAUAGUGUGCUCUAUCCAGAAACGUUAUAAUGACUAUGACGGCGUGUUUAAUCUCCAGAACAGGAGAAUUGAUAUAAUGUAUAGUAGUUGAGAAAUGAAUCUCCAAUCAAUGUUUCGCGACUUUAAUCCUGGGAAAUUUAUUGUGUGGGUGUGUUUGGCAACAUUCACUGCCCUACUCUCUCUUCGUCUUGAUGAUGAACUGGACUGGAGUUACUGGGUUGUCUUCUCACCAAUUUGGGUGUGGAAGAUCCUUGUUGUGACAGGAGCCCUUAUUGGGAACAUAGUCUGGUGGAAGAAUCCUCAUUAUAGAUUAGAAGGCCAGUCAUACAUCCAGUACCGAGCCUUACUCAUCUCCCUUGGCCUUCAUCUCUUCUUGUUGAUGUUUGAGGUCUUGGUGGCUGACAAAUUAGAAAAUGAGCGUCAUGCCUGGGUCUCUGUAUUUGCUCCUCUUAUUUUGAUAUCUCUUGUGUCCAUUGCUGCUUGUAUCUGGGCAGUAAAACAUGACAGGUCUUUUGAGCUCGAGCUCUUCUGUUCAGUGAAUCUAUUACAAUUCAUCUUUAUUGCUCUCCGACUUGACGAAUAUAUAAGAUGGCCUUGGGAGAUUGUGUUCGUUCCAGCAUGGAUAUUAAUGUGUGUUUCAGUCGUCGCAGUCCUUUAUUCUAUCAUAUUUGCUGGACUUCUUUUGCGUAUGCCAGAUGUUAACCCUGAUCGCCGCAGGACGUCAAUGAACUCUGCCAUUGGUUACACUUGUCUUGUUGCUCCGCUGUUGAUUUUUCUUAUCACCCUUGCAAGCAAAUUGAAUAGUAAUACAUCAGCAACGUACACAUCUGUUGUGUCACCUCUUUACAUUUCAUACGUCACAUUGAUUCUUAUGUCUUUCACUACAAAACGUGCAAAUCAAUGGUGGUUUGGCCUGCGAAAAGAUGUGUGCCAGUUUUUGCUUGGAGUUUGCCCUCUCCUUCAAGAGUAUGCGAACAUAUCCUACAGUAUUCCUCAUGCAGAAGAGUCUCAGACUGAUAACCGUAGCCCUCUCUCAGUAGAAGGAGGUGUUGUUACCUCAGAAAAGAAAGAUGUUGUAGCUUCAUCUCGUAGACUAGAACACAGAGUUGUUGUGCCAGCUAUAAGUUUGGAAGUUCCUGACUAAGCGAAAACAGACAGUAAUGAUUAAUGAGAUUAACAUAGAUGAUACAUCUUGCUUUACAAAUAGAUGGGCAUUCAUCUUUCCUUGGAGGAUUUAGCUGUUUAGUAUAAAAGUAUAUAUUUAUUACAAUUUGAUAUCUUUCAAGUCAAAUUAUUUUUAUUGGGUUGAGUACAGCAAGAGUCUUGCUGAUUAAACUUUUGAGAGGAUAAAAUUUCUAUUUGAUACUAUAAAAUAUGCACAGAGAAAUUCUUGGAUGUUCUUUGAUCUGUUUGCCUUGUUUUAGAAAUUUCAUGCCUUUCUUUUCCUGACCUUAAUACCAGCAAAAUAUAUUUGUUAAUGUAAGAUUUUUUUUCGUUUUUUUUUUUUCCCAUUUUUCAAUGUAGUCAGUAAUAUCAGAGGCUGUUUUAGAAACUAGGUAUGAAUUUCCAGUAUGGUGCAUUUUUUUUUUCUUUCAUAUAAUCAUUUGUAGACUUAGUCAUUAUACAUCAACAAUUUUUUUCCUUCUUUCUUUCUUUCUUUCUUUAUAUAUUUAUAUAUAUAUUAUUUUUUUUUUUUUUUUUUUUUUUUUUUUUUUUGACAAAUGCAAUUUCAGUAAUAGAAAUGUAUGUAUAAAAGGUAUGAAUGAAAUGAAUAUCUUCACAGUACAGGAGGUGUAUUUGAUUGUUUCAAUUAUAUUUUCAUCAGAAAUACAUGAUAUAAUCAAAACCAGUCAAAUAUAUCUCUUGUAUUGUGAUGAUAUUCAUUCUCAUUCAUUCCUUUUAUACAUUUGUCAACAUGAAUAUGGUUCAAUAGAAAUAUAUACAAAUUAUGGAGAAACAUGACUUCUACAUUACCCACUGGCACAACAAAACCUGUUGUCCUAAGUAGUUUUGUUAACUUUUUACAACAAAGAAUAUUUUGGGUGAUGUAGAGUAGCAACAAAGUAUUUAUAUCCUUACAAACAGCAUUUGCUACUUAGUGUUCACUUGUAUCAAGCCCAGUUGCAAUAAUGGUAAGUAUUUUCAAUUUCACUUUUCUGUAAGGGUCAUUCAUAUUUAUCAUUUUUUUAGAAGCAGAAAUGUUGAUACCCAAAGAACGUUUUGAGUAUUAAGUAAUACUUUUAGAGAUUUUCAAAAGCAUAAAUGGGUAAUUAACCCCAAGCAUACUUUUUGUGUUCAUUGUAUACCAGUAACUGUGGAUGGCUGCUUAAUACCAUUGUGAAGAAACAUUUUAAAAUAUUUUUUUACUUUCUCACACCCUAGAGAUAAUUACAGACUGAUCUGUGAAUCUAAGAUGUAGACUCAUAUGGUAUUCCAAUUUAUUUGUUUCUUCUAGAAGAAAAUAUUUAUGUGUAUGAUGCCACAGGUGAUCCUUAAUUGUAAGGAGUAAUAAUGUUUUCAUCAUAUAUACAGAAGAAGUCAAAAUGUAGAAUUGCAGUGAUUCAUUUAAAAAUGUUCCUAUCUUUAUUAUAUAUUCAGUAAGUUAACCUGUGACAUCAUGAUUCCAGCUCAAUAUACAGAAGAAAACAAUAGCUACAGUACUAUAUAUUUAAAAAAUAUUAUAAUGGAAAUAAUGGGAAGAAUUUCUUAUCGAUCAGUACGGACAAUAUUCAAGUUAAAUAACAUUUAUAUUUUUGGUGCUUUAAUUUUAUAUAUCAUUAUUUCCAUAUAACUAUAUAUGACAGUUGCAGAGCUUUAAAUGUUAGAUGGUAUAUGUAACUUUAAGAUGAAAGGGAAAUAGGUGCCUACUGAUUUUGAACCAUGUAGAAUUAGGAAUGUAUUUUGUACAAUAUUUAGAUAACAUUAGUAGAGAUGUGUAGGCCUUUUCUAAUUAUUCAGAAGAAAAGUAUAAGAAAGCAAGAUUCUCUGGAAUUGCAGUUCAAGGGAUAAAGUGGAAAUUUCUGUUUGUUUUAUGUGCUAGGAUUGAUUAUUCUUUUAUUUAUAAAUACUAUAGUUAGACUGAUAAAUUGUUGAUAUGAGCAAGUGUGAAACCAUCAGUUGUCAUCCCAAACUUCAUACCCAUGAUAGCCCAAAAAUAAUUAGACCUAGUUAGCAAUAUAUUAUUUUAAUUGAAUUAUGAUUACUUCAUGUUUUUUUUUUUUUUUUCAAUUUUUUCAUAUCUGUCAGUAGGAUAUUUGUAUUUAAUGCAUGUAGAAUACAAAAAAGUGCAUGAAUGUCCACUUCAAUUUUGUUAACUCAAGGAAUUGAUCAUGGGGUGCACUAUCUCAUUCACAGAGAGGCAACUGCAAAUGUCAUUACAGUGAGUAGAUAGCAACUAAUGCUCCAUCCCCACCAUACAAAAAGUCAUUGUUAUUACAGUAAUUAUCACCAAGAUGAUGAUGACAUUAGUAGUAAUAACUUGGACCAUCAUAUUACUGACUUGCAGUUUUUCAAAUCAUAUGUGUCAUAUCCUCUCUACAUAACCAAAGAUGGAAUAGGCCAAAAAUGGCAGCAGGUCAGAAGCAUGUAGUUAGUUUUAUGUGGGGCUUCACCUCAGGUCACUCAGUACAGCAAAGUGUUCAUGACAGCAGAAGUACAUCAAAAAACAUUUAGAGUGCUUUUGUAAUUUAUCAUCUAGUGAUAUUGUAACAUAUAACCCAAGUGAUUACAUGAUUAUAUUACAUAAUUUUCAUUAAUUUAUUAGAUAUGAUGAUGUGCUUUCUGUUAAUUUAUAAUCAUUUCCAAAAGGUACAAUCUCAAGAAACCAUUGAAGACUAGAGUUAUAUUAGUAGUUAGUUUGCCUAUACAAAGAAAAUGCUGAUGUUACCAAGUUGUAUCGACUGGCGGAAAUAUAUCCCAGCAAUGGGAAAUGAGUUAAAACAAAUUGAAACAUCUAUCAAUGGCUUUUCAUGCUCGUGUCCAGGACCAGAAUUAUUAGAUAUGUUUUGGAGAUCAGUAGUUAUAGAAGUUUGAGUAUCAAAUUUAUAUUAGAGAUAAAAAAUAGUGUUAUUGACAAGGUUAAAUAAGCGGUCCAUCUAUUAGAACAUACAUUUGAGGCAACUAGAAAAACAAAUAUUACUAAAGUUUUUGAUAUAGCUAUUUUUUUCAGACAAGAAGCUUAUAUCAAAUCCCAUACAUAAAGCCUAUAAUUGUGUGAACAAAUUUGUUGGCAAUAAGUUUGGCUUACUAUUUUAUAUGUAUGAUAAGAAGUUAUUGUUGUGAUAGUAAAAUAAAAUAUGUUUUUUUUCCAAACUGAUUAAAAGAUAA